AUGACGCAACAGUAUCAGGACUCCUCCACCUUGACGUCACUGUAUGAGGACUCCUCCACUAUGACGUCGCUGUGUCAGGACCCCUCCACCUUGACGUCACUGUAUGAGGACUCCUCCACUAUGACGUCACUGUAUCAGGACUCCUCCACUAUGACGCCACUGUAUGAGGACUCCUCCACUAUGACGUCACUGUAUCAGGACUCCUCCACCUUGACGUCACUGUAUGAGGACUCCUCCACUAUGACGUCGCUGUGUCAGGACCCCUCCACCUUGACGUCACUGUAUGAGGACUCCUCCACUAUGACGUCACUGUAUCAGGACUCCUCCACUAUGACGCCACUGUAUGAGGACUCCUCCACUAUGACGUCACUGUAUCAGGACUCCUCCACCUUGACGUCACUGUAUGAGGACUCCUCCACUAUGACGUCGCUGUGUCAGGACCCCUCCACCUUGACGUCACUGUAUGAGGACUCCUCCACUAUGACGUCACUGUAUCAGGACUCCUCCACUAUGACGCCACUGUAUCAGGACUCCUCCACUAUGACGCCACUGUAUCAGGACUCCUCCACUAUGACGCCACUGUAUCAGGACUCCAUCAGUGGCCAAUCACAGUCUAAAGCAGUUACCCCAAUUAGUCUAACUCAACAAACUCCUGGCUUAACUUCCGGGUUGUUCCUCUCUCCUACGGGCUUCGUGUUGUUGUUCCCGUCACUAUUCAUUACUUACACUGUGGAAAUCUACUUCUCCUGGCUAGCUGUUCACCUGUCAUAUAAAGUUG